GGCAACUAGUAAUGCCAAAAUUGCUGAAGCUGUUCAUGAAAAGAGACUGGAAAAAUGGCGUCUGUGAGUGAAUCCUGUAACGCCGUCCAUGAUAAUUUCUUGGCGUCUCAGGAUAAAGUCGGUCUAAUGCCGGCCUUUUAUCAGGUACUUCAAUCUUGCCUUAAGGAUCCUGACAAGAAAUACCAGGAAAAAGUGGAUGCACUUCUUCGAGCAUGGGAGACCCUUGCUUCCUACACAGAUCAGUCUUCCCCAAGAGAUAAUGUUGAUUAUCUCACAGAAAAUUUGUACAGGGAUACUCUAAUGCUUGUUUUACGAGGAGAAUGGAAAAAAAUACCCCAAGCAAACAAAACACAUUUGAAUGUCACUCUUCAAAAUACCAUCUCCAACUUAUCUAACACACCUGCCUAUAGCUUAUGCCAGCAUGUAAUCCGUGUCGUCAAUAAUCCUUGGAAUGAUCCGACACUGGAAAAAAUCAUCGAUGGUGAAUCCAUUAGUGAUUCAGAAGGGCUUGAAUUUUGUUUGGCGGAGAUGCCAACGCUUCUUACCAUCAGGCUCGAUAGGUUAUGCGAUGAUAAGUGCAGAGACAUUGCGCUUAGGCUAGUUGCUGUCUACAGGAAAUGCUUGCAAGAUUCUUCUGAUUCAAGAUUUUUGGAUUCUUGUGCAGUGUCUUUUCAAGAGCAGUGGCUAGAUCUACAUGUGGCACUUCUCUACAGUUUCAAAAAGAAAGAAGAGGUUAUAGCGAUAUUAAAACAGCUUUCAUUAGAAGAUGGCUACAACCUUGUACAGCGGCUUAUCGAGAAGGCUCCAUCGCAAGGUCAAGCACAAAGUAGCGGGAGUAGUGGAAUUAACAGAAUUUGGCGUCAUCAUAGCUUGAAGACAGCCGAGUUUUCUAGCCAGUGUUUACUCACCACUGCUUUGAUCAUCUGUCCUCCACCCAACUGCCUCUCGUCACUCGCCAUUCAGCUGGUGAAUCUGCAAAAGAGGAUCGGCAAUUCAAAUCAAGCUGUGAUCGAAAUGCUGCACACAUUGGUAGAUCAGAAUAAAUUUAUGACAUCGGCUCACAUGUAUAUCCUAUGCGCAACGCUAUCAGAAGAGUUCCGCGACGAUUUGAAGUCAUUUUGUAUCGAGCUUUACGUCAGAGCGGUGGCGGUUGAUCUCAACGACCUAGAAAACCGAAAGUUAAACCCCGAAAGCGGUGGAGUCAAAAGUGGUGAAAUUGGUUUAGCUGCAGUGUUUUCGAAAAUGGCUGAACUGGUCCGCGCCAACGUGAGAAUCUGCAGGGAAAUUGCAUUAACAGCGUUCUCCCUUCAUCCCACCAAGGAGCGAUUUGACAAAUUGGUAGAACUGGCAGCUUUAACACUCGAGCAGGGGCUCAAAUUAGAAACAGUGGCAGCCAUCGGAGAAGGACCGUCGUCAUCAAUAACAAUCACCGACUACAAUCAAGCCAUCAUGGAGCAUGGCCGAGGUGCCGUAGUUGGUGAACCACCACCAGGAAGUGGAGGAGGUCCGGGUGGUGGCUUUACCAAUGGUGGAAGGUCUCGGGAAGAAAACGAGAGUUUGAAUUUAACCUUCACCAGUGUCAAAGAAGCGUUAGAGGAUGCUGAUAGCGGAGUGGACUUAAGUGACAUCACCAAUGGAAUAGGAGAGCAAGAGAUCGGAAGCCCGAGCACGCUAUCCCAGGAGGAGGAAACCCAAUCGCCCUACUCCGACUCGGCUGCUGAUACAUUGGGUGUAUCCAAAGCUGUUAUCAACGACCUAGCUAGUGUGGUGCACAGUGUGCGAUGGGACGUGCUAACCUGGAAAAUUGGAUGGGAACAAUUGAAACCACUCUGCCGGCGCUAUAUGGCUGACCAGGAAAAUAUGCGCUCCGUUACCAAAGAACUUCUUUUUCUUAAAAUCGAUUACAACCGGUUUAAAGAUAUGCCUCGUCCGGAGAGAGACGAGUUUUGGGGCAUCGAAAAGGGUUAUGAAAAUUGCGUAGAUCCGGUGAUUGAAAUUGAAGAGAGAAGCCGAUCCCGCGUGAAAUCGGAAGCAAAGCGUCAACAAUUAAAGAAUUCAUCUAGGCAAGCUUCCGGAAGCUCCAGCCCGUAUGCGAAUGAACAAGCCGAGCGCAAAAAAGUGUUAAAGAAAAAGACUUGGAUGCGCAAGGUGACCUUAUCGCUCAAAACCUCGUCAGAUUCCGACAGCAGCAUCGGUUUCAGUCAAUCUGUAGUGAGCACUGAAACUAAAUCAGUUCCAGAAGGCGUCAAACGAUCCGCCAGGAUUAAGGCAAGCAAAAAAACCACCUUUGGCCCUCGGGGCUCACCCCUAGUGAAAAGAUUGCGCGAAAUCAGGCCCGAUUUUGGCAACGUCAAUCAAUGGCAAGAUCCUUCUUGUCCGAUGACACAAACCACUCGAUCUCCAAUCUGCGAUCCUGCAGAUUUAUCCAGCAAUAAUGUUGUACAGCAGCACCUGCAAUUGUCUCGUUGUCCGUCGUCUUCGUCCUCUACUUCUUCGUCUCCUUGUCACAUCGCCGCCGAUCAUUUCGCACCCAUGCUAAGUACAUUGGACAUGCAACCCAAAGUAAUUCUUACAAGAACACCGGUCGACUGUCCUGGACCUUCUCCAAACAAAAGACCACAUAGCGCAAGCAAAAUGUUCCCAGGAGUUGAUACCCCGUUUGGAUGUCGGGUUUUGCUAGAAAAACUUGGUAAAAUGCAUCCCGGAGUCGAGCGGACUAUGACUAACCUCAAAGGCCUUGAUAAUGUCCAGGUCAGACCACCUCCAACUGCCGUGCACAUGGUGCAGCUUCGCAAUCUACCUGCCAAUAGCCGUAUAGGUACUAACGGAUUGCCAGGCAGCACGGAAGGGAAUGGCGGUGCCAAUGUGAACAACAACAACAACGGCAACGUCCCAAGUGAUCACCGGCAAGAGCAACAACAGCAGCAUCAGCAGCAACAACAACAACAGCAGCAACAAGAGGAAACUAAUAAAGCGGGCACUUCUUCCGCUUCCUCCUCCUCGCCUGGCAGCGAAGAUACACCUGCGUACACUAGUACGUCCAGUGUCCAAAUCACUGCUGCACCAUCCGGAGGCGGCUCUGCUUCUGUCAGAAAUGAUACAGAUCCGGACCCAGUGACUCUGGUAUCGACUCCUUCGGUCAGCAUCUUCCAAGUGGCCCAUCGACCUGUAGGCAACAGUAGUGGUGCUGUACUACAGCCAGUUGCAGCCGUGACGGGUUUCAAUCCACCGAAUCCCAGGGUCAAAACUCCAGCAGCUUCUACUGCAACACGUUUACCAAAACGUUCCAGGAACGCUGCCUCUGUUGUGCGACCUUGUCUGGAUGAUUUACCUUCCGUCACCCUGUCACAAAUGUUAGCGCAGUCGCCUAGCAUUGAUAGUACGGAAGCGACUUCACCCCUGUCACAGCCUGUUGCCAUAUCUAAUGGACCGAAUCAAACAUCUGGAACAACGUCCGCCGCAACGAAACCGACCUCUCAAUCAGGGACAACACGAUCGUCACGAGGCCAACGAUCCCGAGGAGAACCUAGUAUCCCUCCCAGUCCGGGAGAUGGCACACUGGUGUCAUCGACCGUGUCUGUUCCCAAUAACUCGCCACUUCCAUCAGAUAUAAGUUCUCCUUGUCGAGUUCCCUUGGUCAAGUAUGUCGAUUUGGAUAUGGUUAGCAGCCCAUCGCGACCUAGGCCUGGAAGCACCACCGGAGUACGACGUCAUAGUCAGGGCUCCAAUUCGAAUUCGCCCGAUCCACACAGAUCCAACACUGCCAAAAGUCAUCGAGGAGCAGCUGCUGGACAGAAUCCAUCGAGUCCGGCGCUGAGCAGCCCACAGAGCCCAGCUCUACAAGCUCCUCCCAGUCCGCUGUCGUUUCGCAAACAGCAGCAUCAUCACGUAUACCGGCAACAAGAGAACAAGGCAGUUACUGGUGAUCGACUGGCAUCGCCCAGUCAUCCGUCGCAAUGUUCUUCACCCUUCUCCCGGCCGUCAAGUCGUUCACAGGACACUAGUCCGAGCCCGUCAUCGGAAGUGCUCGGCGGAUCCAUGUAUCCGCCAGGAUUCCUUCCUUACGGUCCUUCAGGAGACACGGGAUCGAAUUCCAACCACCCUGGCACGAGUCCGUCUCCUGGAGCGUCUGCAUCCGCCAGUCGUUUAUCCAAUUUCGGUGGGACGUCGCCUAGUCAAUCCAACGCACCAAAUUUCCCAUCAGCGCUUCCAAAGUUCGGACAGGCUUUCGCUAAAAAGAGUCACUUUGACGUUAUGCCUGUAUUAGGAUCCAUGAGCUCACCACCGGCUGCUGCCAUGACAACAAAUGCGUCCUUGCCUACCGUCUCCUCGUUACAAGACCCCAAUUUACAGGUUGGGCGAAUGAUUAACAGCAAUUUAGGAGGUAGUAGCUUUGGGGACAGCAGUCGAAGAUUCGCCGGUGAGCAACAUAAUCCAUCUGAUGAAGAAGGAUUGGGAUCUAAACUUCAUUCACUGUUGGAAUCUGCUCUCAACGGGCAGAUCAGUCGAUCACCUACCAGAGGUCUGCCUCAGACGCAGCAAUUGGUGACUGGCAAUCCUGAAAUGUUGUUGUCCGACUCGGCGCAUUCAAUAAGCCCACUCGUCGGAGGAAUGGACUCGCAAUCAGGCAGUGAUAUGGCCGGCAGUGGGGGUUCCCUUUCAGAACAGCUGCGUGAGUUUGAGUCGGUUUUCGAAAGAGUGGCUGCAAGCACUGGUGGCAGUCAUCUGCAGAAUCAGCCGGAUCCGUGGUCGGACCUCGCCCAUCCUGAUGAUGGAUCCUACAUGGGUGUUGGCCCUGUUGAAUUCCUGGCACCAUCGUCCACGUUUUCUGAAUCCAUGGACGUUUCCGAAGCCUCUCCUACUUCUCCGAAUUCGGCCGACGGUCCUUUGUCAUCCCAGCCAGACGAUGGAGGAUCUGCCACAGCGGUCCCCACAAAUGGGAAGGCCGCUCCACUAAUGCAGCUUCUCACAGUGGCUUCGGCUGCCCGUCAAGCAUUGGAAGACGAAGAAAAAGAAAACGAAAUUACUGCCCAGUCUCCAGUCGCUUCGGUGGAAGUCAAAGUUGAGCCCAUCAUGGAAGAAAUAAUCAGUGACGAAACGGACGAAAAUAACGUCAACCAGGACGGAAAGUUGACUGAAAAUCAAUCUCACCUUCCCGUGCUGUUUCCAACCACCAGAGUAGUGUCGCUUUCAACCGUUUUCUCUGGGUCUAUUGUGGUCAGUACUACAGAGGCUGGCCAGUCAUCUGUCACCUCGUCAACUAGGAGUAUAACGCCGCCAACCAUUUCCGUUAAAACCGAGGCAUCGGGUAAAAACAAUCGAAAUAAAACUGCCCAAAAAUCUAGCCCGGUCGUCAGUCCUACCGCCAGCGGAAACACGACGCCCAGCAAAACGACACCAGUAGCUUCAACAUCGGCUACGGCUUCAUCGGCGAGUCCGGCUGCCAAUAAAGCUCCCCAAAAAGCGCAUGACGAUGAGCACACGGUCUUAAGGGUGCAAGCCAUUUUGGAGGAAUACAAGGAGCAGUUGAGGAAUUCACCUGAUCUUCAGAACAAGCCGGCCCCUCGAAGGCGUUCUAACCCUCUUCCCUCGCCGAAUGCUACCCCAAAGAGGCGAAAGUCUGUACAGAGUAAAGUGAAGUUACUAUCGCAUCAUGCACGGCCUGCCGAAGCCACUUCAGAUGGGACUCCUAAUGCUAGUAGUAGCGCUGAUUCCACUCCGAGUGCACUGGCCGAACAGCUGUCCGCUUCUUCAAACGCGGAUAGUGCUUCCAUUACGAUUCCAGCUGUAGAGUCCGUCAAAAGUGAGCCAGCUACCACUACGACCACCGCUACGACGACUGCCACUACGGGAGUUGUUAAAGCGGAAGCACAAAAGACGGAAGGAACGACUUCUGUCCAGGUCCUUAGCGCAUCAGCCGGCAUUCAGCUAUCCAUUCCGGUGAGCGCUGUAGUGACUAGCAGGACCACCGCUUUAACCAUAACCAACGACGGAACGGCAAAUGCAACGACAGCUGCUUCUUCAGUAGGAGCGACUACAGUUACCGUUUCGUCAGCUGCCACUCCGCUUACUUCUCUAACUGGAGUGUCCACCGUUCCCAUAGGCAUGCUUCAUCAACAACUGCUUGUUCAAUCCGGAACUGGUGGUGUGCGGCAGCUCCUGUUUCCUUUGAAUUUCUCAUCAUCUCGAGGUGGUGCAUCAACUCCCCGGUACAUUCAAGUCAGACAAGUCACCAUGAGUGGCCAACCUGGUGUGCUUAGUUUUCCAGCUCGUUUUGGUGCUCCCAUCACCAUGCGAGCUGUUGCGCACACUGCCGUCAAUGUGACUCAGCCAGGACAACAGCAGAUUCAGCAAGCUCAAGAGCAGACCAUCACGGCCGUAAAGCCGGCUGUGACUGGAGACACUCACGUUAUACUCUCUUCUGAGAUCCCAGUUGCCACCCAGCCUGUGCCAAAGUCUUCAACUGGUGUGACUGGACCUCAGAGAACCACGCCGUUCAGUGCAGAACUGGAAACACCAACCACAUGCUCAGCUUUAAUGGUCACUCCUAAGUCUGAGCCGAUCUCAAUUGCUGCUGUUCCAGUCGCUGCAUCCACCACGACGAGUGUCUUGAGACUGGUGCCUCAGUGUGUGCCAACAGUCAACAGAGUGAGCCUGCCUGUUCCAGCUGGGAUUGACACCAAUGCCCUCUUAGCGACGACCGUAACCGUCAAUCGCACAACUGCAACUGCAACUCCCACUCCUACCCCACCUCUGACAAUGGCUCCUGUGCCAGCGGACCCACCUGUUGUCGCAGCAGCCGUCAUAGAGGAGACGGAUCAUAGCAAAUGGAAUGACCAAGGCACACCAAGCGGUUCCAGGAGUUCUGUGGAUGGCUCGGUGACGCCUGCAGCCGACGAAAAGCUUCUCAAUGACGCAGAGACGGGCGUUUCCGAAUUCUUACCUUGUGCCGAUUUCAUGGGGCCUGGAGUUUCACCCUCGCCUUGUUUCAGCUUGUCAGACUCACCUUUAGGAUCGCAGAACUCGUCACCAGCCACGUCCCCGGCCACCUUCCAGGCGUCUUCAACUGAAGAGGACUCCAACGGGCUAGUUACACCUGGUGAUGGAGAUCUGCCACCGCCAGGAGGCAACUCUCGAAAACUAUCCAAGUCGAAAAUACUGAAACGAAACGUCAAACCGCGAAUGGUCUUGGUUCGCAAAGAUCACGGUGGCAUGGAGUAUCGCCGAAUGAGUGACGGUGAAGGCGGGCCAGCCGUCAUACGCAACGACCGGCGCACGCUAGGCAAGAGAUUGGCGAGUAAACAAGUUGCCGUCGCGGCGGCUGCUGUUGCGGCGGCAACUAUUUCUACCAGCUCUUCCUCACCUGUCCAACCUGAGAGUCGGACUUGUUCACCUUGCGCCCCAUCGCCAAUCUCCUUGCAACCCAUUUCCGACGAUUCUGAACCUGCAAGAACUGUGGUUCAAGCCGUCAGACUUGUUAUUAAAAAGGAAGGAGACAUUUCUGUGGUGACAUCGAAGUCGAUGUCGACCACGCCGAGUAAACAGACUGAAUUAGUUGUUGUCGAAUUGGCUGAAACUGGACAGCAGAACCAAAAUGAUGCGUCUUCCACUUCCGCAGAUCGAACGAGUAGUGAUGUCUCGAUCAAGGAUGAGCCGGCUAACGAGGAGGAUUCAAACAUUAAUGCUGUUUCUACCGAGACUUCGAUGGAGAUGGAAGAAUACAUUGUCCGACCAAGGCGUUGUGGCCGUCUGCAAAAGGAGGAAGUCUUAAAUCAGCACGAUCCUGAUGUCUGUCCUCUCUCGGAACGCGGUACAACCAAACGUCGAUCGUCUGUUCGUACCAACGUGAAGAAGAACUGCCCUUGCUGCGUUAGCGUCAGUGAGGGGCGCAAACGAACUAAAAGUGAACCCCCGGGCAUGGAUAAUGCGUCUCCGGAACACACGAGUCCUGCGAAAAAGGCUCUCAUCAGCACAGCGACCUCGUGCGCUGCAGCGGCCGGAGUUGUUUCGACGGCAGCGUCGACGACGACUGUGUCAACAUCAGCCCCAACUCUAGCCACCAACAGACCGAAAACGACGAAGAAAUACGCUCAACGCAAAAGAUGAGAGUUUGCACCUCAUUCAUUGGCACGCGCUUAACCCCACUCUCCUUGAUAACUUCUUUAUCUUCUACUACUGCUACUGCAACUAAACAAAAACCAAACAAACUGUCAUCGAGACAUUCCUGUGGUCUGAUUUCCCCAUCGUCUAGUCACUAAGAUGGUUUCCGUCAUCUGAUUCGAUUCGACAUAGAAUGGAACCUUGCCGUGCCACUCGUAUAUUUUAACCCGAUCCUCGUCCUUUUGCCCCCCGCCCCCCUUUAACAGCGUAACAAAUGUUUUUGUGUUCCGAAAAAUCUUGACCUUGCUCCCCCCCCCCCCCCCCCCACUACCCCACACUUCUCCUCGUUAUGGCGUUUCCUAGCUUUUGCCUCCCCCGGAAUUUCUUACAUUUGUCUCGUUACGUCGAGCGUUAGUAUGUCGUGACACCCUCGUCUAGGUUUAGAAUUCAGUUUGCCGUUUCUUUUGUAUAUUUCCCCCCUCCCUUUUCAAGACUCGAGAAGGCUCAUUUGCAGCUUUCCUUUCAUUGUUCCCCGUGCAGCUACAUCAAAUGGAAUAGUUCUCCCAUCCUUUCACAGACUCUCCUCCGGCCGAAUUUUCCGCUUUAUAUCAGUGUCGAGUAGUUUAUUUUCCCCUUCAAAACAAAACAAAGAAAACAAAAAAUAAGGAGGGAAAUUUUAAAAAAAGAUUUCCAUCUAUUUCUUUUGGUCGUCGUGACUUGUUUAUAUUUAUUGCCACAUUCAUAUAAAACUACUACUCCCGCCCGAGAAAUAGCUACCACUCCUCAAAAGGUUUUAUUUCAAUUACUAUGAUGAUGGAAGGGGAUAUAUUGCCAGCCUGUGAUGGAUCGCGUGCUCAAACACACACACACAAAAGAGAAAAAGUUGAUAACAGCAGCCCUGUGGGAAAGUUAGGAAAUUGGAAGAACUAGGAAUUUAAAAAAUUGCUGAAUGUUAUCAUGAGGAAAUGAAAUGUUAGGAGUGUUGAACCCUUUGAUAUCCUCCAACCACACAUCAGAUGUCGUUAUUUCUUGUUGGAAUAUCUAGGCAAAAGAGAAAGAAAAGAAGAAAAAAAAACGGUAAACAAAACAAAAAUAGCAAAGCAGCCGAUUGAAAGUUGUCGUUCUGUCUCACUCUCACUAUCUCUUUAUAUUUCGUAUCUUUCUCUUUUUACACACCUUUCUCUGUGUCUCCAGGUCACGCCAAAAACGGGGAUUUUCUACUUUAAUGUAUUAUAGCACAUUUCCAUUGGUGACUUGUCUUGUGUGGAAAACAAUGUGUUUCUUCAAUUAAUUCUUUUCGUUUCGACUUAUUUAUUAUUAAUCGAGAUGUGUUUUUUUUUUUGUAAUUGGAAAGGAAAUGGUUACAAAAUCAGCCAAUUGAAGAACUAAAUUUACCCCUGGUAUGUGUUAUAAGCGUCUUGGUCACUCCCCUCUGCUGUUGGAUGUCAAAAAAUGAUUUUUUUAAUUCUUUAUGAGAAAGAGGAUUUUCCAUUCCUGAAUUACUCGGAUUUCGUGAGCAAAAUUUGUGCGUGUUGAUUUUUGUACGUUUACUUUUUUCAUUGUAAAACUCGGCAUUACCUUUUUUGUGUUUUGAUCUACUCCCACCUGGAAUUCUCUGUCCUGAGCUGUGCCGUAUUGCCCUCCCUCUCCCAAUGUGUCUCAUCAACUAUAAAAUCCAUGUGUUGAGUGUGCAACACAUUCUGUUAUUUUUUUCUUAUGUCAAUUUUGUCCGGCUUUUCAUUGCUCGUAACAAACGAAUAUACUCGCUGGAAAGUUG